AUGACGUUUCCAUCACCAAGAACCACCGCAGCGGAUCCUGGUCCACAGAGGUCCAUCGCUAAUUCCGCCUUCAUCGUCUCCGAAUUGGGGAGGACUCCAACGUCACAAGCAGCCACCACCACCACCAUCACCACCAUCACCACCAUCACCACCAGCCCGGAAAAAACAAACAGCAACAAUCAACAACAACAACAACGACAACAACAACGAGAAAACCACAACGUUUUAUUAAUUACGACGUUCAAACUGGGACCCCUGCCCACAUCACUUUCAAAACGGAUUCCCACGCGUGGCUAG